AUGACCUGUGGAUCAGCAUUCUGCGGCCAGACCUUCAGCUGCGCCUCGGCCUGCGGGCCCCGGCCCGGCCGCUGCUGCAUCACGGCCGCCCCCUACCGCGGAGUCUCCUGCUACCGAGGCCUCACUGGGGGCUUUGGCAGCCAGAGCCUCUGCGGGGGCUUCCUCUCUGGCUCCUGCGGCCGCAGCUUCGGAUACCGCUCUGGGGGCGUGUGCGGACCCAGCCCGCCCUGCAUCACCACCGUGUCGGUCAACGAGAGUCUCCUCACGCCCCUCAACCUGGAGAUUGACCCCAAUGCGCAGUGUGUGAAGCAUGAGGAGAAGGAGCAGAUCAAGUGUCUCAACAGCAGGUUCGCUGCCUUCAUUGACAAGGUGCGCUUCCUGGAGCAGCAGAACAAGCUGCUGGAGACCAAGUGGCAGUUCUACCAGAACCGCAAGUGCUGUGAGAGCAACCUGGAGCCCCUGUUUGAGGGCUACGUCGAGACGCUGAGAAGGGAGGCCGAGUGUGCAGAGGCCGACAGCGGGAGGCUGGCCUCAGAGCUCAACCACGUGCAGGAGGUGAUGGAGGGCUACAAGAAGAAGUAUGAGGAGGAAGUGUCUCUGAGAGCAACAGCCGAGAAUGAGUUUGUGGCUCUGAAGAAGGACGUGGACUGCGCCUACCUCCGCAAGUCGGACCUGGAGGCCAACGCAGAGGCCCUGACCCAGGAGAUCGACUUCCUGAGGCGACUGUAUGAGGAGGAGAUCCGCGUCCUCCACGCCCACAUCUCAGACACCUCAGUGGUCGUCAAGAUGGACAACAGCCGGGACCUGAACAUGGACUGCGUCAUUGCCGAGAUCAAGGCUCAGUAUGACGACAUUGCCAGCCGCAGCCGGGCGGAGGCCGAGUCCUGGUACCGCAGCAAGUGCGAGGAGAUGAAGGCCACGGUGAUCCGUCAUGGGGAGACCCUGCGCCGCACCAAGGAAGAGAUCAACGAGCUGAACCGCAUGAUCCAGAGGCUGACAGCCGAGGUUGAGAACGCCAAGUGCCAGAACACCAAGCUGGAGACUGCAGUGACCCAGGCAGAGCAGCAGGGCGAGACGGCCGUCAGCGACGCCCGCUGCAAGCUGGCCGAGCUGGAGGCCGCCCUGCAGAAGGCCAAGCAGGACAUGGCCUGCCUGCUCAAGGAGUACCAGGAGGUGAUGAACUCCAAGCUGGGCCUGGACAUCGAGAUCGCCACCUACAGGCGCCUGCUGGAGGGCGAGGAGUGCAGACUGUGUGAAGGUGUUGGUGCUGUGAAUGUUUGUGUCAGCAGCUCCCGGGGUGGAGUUGUCUGUGGCGACCUCUGCACGUCGGGUUCCAGGCCGGUGACAGGUAGUGCCUGCAGCGCCCCCUGCAGUGGGAACCUGGCGGUGAGCACAGGAAUGUGUGCGCCCUGCGGCCCCUGCAAUUCCAUCACAUCUUGUGGCCUGGGCACCUGCGGCGUGGGCUCCUGCGGCAUCAGCUCCUACGGCGUGGGCUCCUGUGCCAGCAGCUGCCGCAAGUGUUAG